AAUUCCAACCUCACAUCAACCUUCGUCAGCCUCCCAUUUUCGUACCUGAUCUCCAUGAUACAGCAUGUUCCUGGAAUAGAUCUGACGGCGCGCUGCAGACGUCAAUACUUCGGGUCUUUCUCCCUAUCGCCAUGCAAACGAUUCGUGACAGUCGGGUAUGCACAGCGACAAUUGAUUGUCCUGAUUAUCCGAGAUGCAUAUGUGGAAUGGCCUCCUGCUAUCUUGCCCAUGUCCAUACUGCGCUCCCUUCACCAGCUUCGUGGAAGCUUUAAUUAGAUGUGGUGCUAUCUGCAGUAUCUGCAGCGUCUGGCCCAGCCAAAUGCGGACUGUGGGGAAAUACCCAGCAUCGAGCCCGUCGCAGAAUAAAUUGUGCCAGGGGCAGAUCCUAUCCGCAAAGAUGCCCAUACUACCAGCGAUCCAGCGUCGAGACAGCAGCCGGCUACGAAAUCGAGAUCUAUAUCGCUUCGCCCGGCGUGGGCGAGCGGGUGAGGUAGAGGACGAAGACCAGGAGAGCCCGGCGUGCUGCAGCCGGCAGCCUCCACCCGAUCAUCUCUCCCGUUGGGCUUCCGAGAGUACCAGUACCAGUACCAAACGCCUCCCUACACCUCCCUACGCCUCCACGAGAUGUGGAAACCGGGUUGCUUGGGCCCUUCCUGAUUGCCCCGCCAAUAAAUGGUGCACCGCAUGGCAGCAAGACAACCUCGCGCUUGGACGGCAAGGCUGAGGCCGCUCAGACACAGACUCGGGUGAGAAACAUGUUUCUGCUCGGUUUGAUGCCCACCCUCUACGAAAUAGCAUAGAUAGACUUCGAGUCUAGAAAGCUAUUCUCAGGCGUUCUUUUGGGACGACUUC